AUGGCCCCGCAGCCGCCCAGCGCCGGGCAGUACCUGCGCUCCGACAGCGGCGGCUCCGACACCCCCAUGCUGGCCGAGGGCUCCGCUCCCGGGCCCGCUCCCGCUGAUUGUCCCGGUGAUUGCCCCGGUGCCGGUCCCGGUGCGGCGCGGGGGCAGCGGCGGCGGCGCUUCGGGCCGCUGUGGGGCAGCGUGGCCGUCAUGGCUAUCCUGGCCCUGCAGAUCGCCUCCACCACCGGCCUCUUCGUCUACUUCACCAUGGCCAUCUCCAAGCUGAAAUCCCAGGCUCCGGGCAGCGCCGAGGAGCUGCGGUGUCUGCAGAUGCUCAAUCAGCAGCCCGAGGGCUCCAGCCUGGAGGAGCUGAGCAGCAGCCAGGGCUGCCUCAAGCUGGCCAGCACCAUCAAAGCCUACGUGGCCACGGUGACUGAGAACAUCAUCCGCAGGAACGCUGUGAAGGAGGCCUGGCGGAGCUACUUCAACACCUCAGAGGGGCAACUUCCCCCCAAAACAGCUGGGAAACCCUCGGCGCAUCUCACCCUCCGCCCACAGAGCCUGGCUCAGGAUGGACGCUCCCAGGGCUUCGGGAACCUGUCGCAGUCGUGCCGCCACGCUCUGACGCACUGGGGGCACGGCAGCCUGCAGUCCCACGUGCAGAACAUGACGUACCGGGCCGGGCGGCUGCGCGUCCAGCAGCCCGGCAAGUACUACGUGUACGCCCAGAUUUAUUUCCGCUACCGAGGCUCCGGCCGCGACUCGGGCCCUCAGCUGGUGCAGUGCAUCCAGUGGCAGCCGGCCCACAGCCCGCCCGUGCUGCUGCUCAAGGGCGUGGGCACCAAGUGCUGGGCGCCCGAGGCCGACUACGGGCUCCACGCGCUCUACCAGGGCGGGCUCUUCGAGCUCAAGGCCGGCGAUGAGCUCUUCGUGUCCGUCUCCUCCUUGGCCAUCGACUCCAACGAUGCAGCGGCCAGUUAUUUCGGGGCCUUCCGGCUCGACCUGUGA